UAGAUGAGCCUCAGACUGCUUACUGUCCGUGGGGCUGACAUCUGGGCAGAGGGUGAAACAUCUACUGUUAAUGCUGGACAUUGUUACAGAGCCCAGUGCCCAGUGCGGGAUCCAGAGGAGGUUUCAGGGGCCCUGAUUAAUGUGGCCAAACACCUGGGCAACCUGAGCUACAGAGUGUGGGAGAAGAUGCUGGAGAAGAAAGAGAUUAAAUACACUCCUGUGAUUCUGGACCCAAACACAGCAGAUGUUGAACUCAUACUGUCCGAUCAUCUGAAUACUAUUACCUGGAGUAAUGAGAUACAGGAAUAUCCUAAUAACUCAGAGAGGUUUACAUGGCGCUGUGUGCUGGGAUCUGAGGGAUUCAGCUCAGGGAAACACUGCUGGGAUGUGGAUGUGGGGGACGCGGAAUUAUACUUUGUGGGUGUGGCUAAUGAGUCCAUCAACAGGAAAGGGGACGUCCUUCCCAAAGCAAAUGGAGGACUAUGGGUCAUAACACGUUAUAAAGGUAAAUUGGCAGCAUGGACCUCACCACCGUACCCUCUGUCUGUGGAGAGGAAACCCCAGAGGAUCAGAGUGCAGCUGGACUGGGACAGGGGAGAGCUGUCAUUCUCUGAUCCCAGUAACAACACUCCUCUCUACACCUUUAAACACUCUUUCGCUGAGAGACUGUUUCCUUUCUUCUUUACCUGGGGUCACAGGGUUCCGUUAAAAAUCUGCCCAGUGAAUGUUUCCAUUGCAGUAACAGCAUUGAAACUCUGAGCACUGUAAUCGUAAUGACAAACAUUGACCACAGUACAGUAUUAUAUAUUAUUGUUGUUCAGGAAGCAGAUUCAUGAUUAAUUUUUUUUAUUCAUUUUUUAGUGGAAAUUGACUUUUUUCAGGGUGGAGAAGCUGUCGUAUACCUGUUUGGGGGCUGUCAUAUUAUUAAUUUCCCUGGACCUCUUAUCCGGUACAGGUUGCCUACAAAUGUUACUGCAGUGCCAGUGCCGUCUCUUUAAAAUCCAGUGUAAAUGCCAGUUGGUGUUUCUUACUCUAACAUGCACUGUGACCGGUGCAUUUUUAACAGCAUGUCAUCAUGCGGCAGGUCGUGGCGGUUGCAUCACUUCCUGUACAUCAAAUGACUGACAUGAGCCUGGAUUAAGGAUGAUGGCCAAACCCAAACGCUUGUCUAGUGAAAUUCUGGGAAGAAACUGAGGUCCAGAUUGACUUACUUCUCCAGAAUGAGAUUGACACACAUUGACUGCAGAGCUCAUUUAUACAUGGACAUAAUGCUUGUCCUGAAUGUAGGUUUUGUUCAUGUAUCUAACACUGUAACUGAACAAGAAGGGAAUGCUGCUCGGGGGAAUGUGCACUUUCCAGCAUGGAGGCCAAUAAAAGCUCCAUUCACAUCCUCUAAUGCUGGUCUAGGCUUCUUGUGCAACUUCCACUACAUUCCGGUCAUACUAUAAGAACAGCAAUGUUAGACUAUUUUCAGUAUGAACAGCAGGGGGCGCUGGAGUGAAAGAGGAAAUGAAGUUUAUUCUUUGAAAUGCUAUUCUUACCACUACCAGAUCCCAGAAGCCUCGAAGAUGCAUUCAGUGGAAAUCCUAUAAAUGCUGUCCAUGAGUGCAAAAACUGGAGCACAUUUUAGUGUUUGGGGUCAAAAGGCAAUUAUGGGUGU